CUAGCGAAAUGUCCCGAUAGACGGGUUUAGGGCUUUUGGUUGCGAGAAGAGAAAGAGAGCGCGAUGUUUACCCCGCACAGGCGCGGCGCGACGCCCAACCGGGGAGCUGGCUUCUCUGUGUCCACGGAAAGGCGAGAGGUCAGGUUUGCUUCCUCCUCACCACCAGAUGGGCGGCAGCAGCACCAGUCCGCGGACGGAACCCUAGCUGGGAAUGACGCAGGAGAUGGCGCGGGCAAGUCCAGCAGCGAGAUCUGGCAGACAUUCCGGGAAGCGGGUGCGCUGGACCAAGAAUCGCUGGAGCUCAAGGAUCGCAAUGCUCUCCUCGCUCAUAUCUCCAAGCUCGAAACUGAGCUGUACGACUACCAGUACCAGAUGGGGCUGCUGCUCCUGGAAUCCAACAAGCUGCGCGGCGAGUCGGAGCGUCUCAAGAGCGUGAUUGACGAGACGAGAGAUGGGCUCAAGCGGGAACAAUCCGCUCACAUGAUUGCGCUGCAAGAGGCGGAGAGGCGCGAGGAAUCUCUGAAGCGUGCUGUCACCACCGAGAAGAAAUGCGUGGCCGACCUCGAGAAGGCCCUCAAAGAAAUGCACGAGGAAGUCGCUGAAGCCAAGGCAGCCGCUGCUACGCAGUUUCAACAAGGCAAGGCAACGGCAAUGAGCGCUGAAGAAAAGCUGCUCGAGGCGGAGUCUAAGCUACAUUCCGCGGAGGCGUUGCUUGCGAAAGCAAACAGGAAGCACGCUGACGCGGAAAGAAAGCUGCAGGAAGUCGAGUCUCGUGAAGACGCCUUGAGAAGGCAGCGCCACAGUUUUCUGGCAGAGUGCGAGGCGCAUAAGCUGGAGCUUGAACAUGAAAAGCAGAACCUCAAGGGCUGGGAACGCACCCUCGAAGAGAGUCAGGCUAGAUUUGUGGAGAACGAGAAGCUUCUGAACAAGAGAGAGGAGUACAUGCAACAGAGGGAUGAUGCACUUACGAAACUUGAGAGGGACCUGGAUGAAGCAAGAAAGGUUCUAGAAAAGGACCGUUCUGCACUACGGCAAGAACAGGCAGAGUAUAGUGCUUUGCUGUCUGCGCUUUCACUGAGAGAGGAGGCUGCUGUGGAAAGGGAGAAUGCUGCAACAAAGAAGGAACAGGAAAUCUUGCUGCUACAAGAGAAGCUUGCCAGCAGGGACAGGGCAUUUGAACAACACGAGCAGAUGGUACGAGAGCUUGAACAAGCAAACGCGAAGGAAAAGGAACGUCUUGUUGAUCUAGAAGCCAGUUUGAGUACUCGGGAGAAUCUUUUGGCUGUGUCAAAGCAAAGCCUGGAGGAUAUCUCGAGGACCCUGGAUGAGAACGAGCAGGCUUUAAGGACAAAGAAGGCCGACUUUGAGAAGGAGAUUUCCGCGCUUCGUCUGGCGUUAGCUUCCGAGAAAGAUGAACUCGAGGGGGUCAAGAUGCAGAUUCAGGAGGAGAAGGAGAAGCUUAAUGUGAUCGAGAAGGAGAGGGAAGAUCUUCUCAAGGUUCAGCUGCGGUUGAAAGAGGAGAUAGACGAUUUUCGGGUACGUAAACAAGACUUAACGACAGAAUCCGACGAGCUUAAGAAAGACAAGGAGAAGUUCGAGGCUCAGUGGGAGUUACUCGAUGAAAGGAAGGACAGGCUUACGAACGAAAUCGAUCACUUCGAGGCGAGUAAAAACCAGUCAAUGAAGUGGCUGCAUGACGAGGAGGAACGGCUAAAGCAGGAAAGGCGAGAGCUCCGCGAGCAGGUGGACAGGGAAAUGGAGACCUUGGCACUUGAAAGGGAAGCUCUGGCGCGAACUGCAGAGCUGGAGAAAGCUGAGAUUUUGUCUAGGCUCGAAAGGGAGAGGGAAGAGCUGAUCCGUGAUGUUGAUCUGCGGCAUGCUGAGCUUGAACGGAACAUGGCCAAGAAAGUGGAGGAGAUGGAGAAGCAAGCAGAGGAGCGGGAAGCUCGCUUACUGUCACAAGUUCAGAAGGAGCGCCAAGAGGUGGCACAGAUAAGUGAAAAAGCUAGAAAGGAUUUGGAUGGCGUGGAGUCCGAGAAGCGGAGUCUUGAGAAGGAGCGGUUGGCGAUAAUUGGACAGCGCGAGCUUGCUGAAGCUGAAUGGGAAGAAAUAAAGAAGGAUAUACACGAGUUACAAGUCCAGAGGGAGAAGCUGAAGGAGCAACGAGAAGCUUUGCGGGCGGAAAGGCAAGAAGUACUGCAAGAAGCAGAGAGGCAGAGGAAGCUAAAGGAGGACCUGAAGGAACUCGAGGACAGCUUAAGGAUGUCAGAGCAACAACCUUCACAGAAGAACGCCAACGAUGGGGAAGUUAUGUCCGCCAGGAGGAUUUCGUCCGAGAACGAGUUGCAGCCCCUUCCAAGCUCUACUCCAAGUCGAACCAUCACUCCGAGCCGAUUGUCAUGGCUGCGAACUUGUGCGUCCAGAAUAUUUCCGAAAAGCAUUUCUCAGGGUGGCGAGGAGGACAAGGUGCCAGUAGCAGACGUGGACCAAGCAGAACUGACAGUUGGGAAGAAGAGGCGACUGGAAGAGAGCGAGGGUGCUGCAGUGAACCCGGAGGCGACAGCCAGUGGAAGGAAAAAGAGGAAACAGCGGGAGGCGUCACAGUCUGCGAUGAAUGGCGACUCUACCCCUCGGUACAACUUCAGGGACUCCACAAUUGCAAGUAUGCUGGCGACACAAGGAGGAACGCAUGGAGCUUCGGCGACCAAGAAAUCGCAAAAGAGUGAAGACCCGGCUACUAGCCACGACGGUGGCGCUUGUAACGGUGUGAGCGAGGAUGGACCGACCACAGGAGACGCGGACCAGGAAGUCAAUGCAACUACAGUAGGCAACCAAGACUUGCGAGGUUUGGAAGGAGGGGAGGGCGAGGGCGCACAAACUGUUAGCCUCAUCGAGGAGUUCGUGGCUGUGGAGGUGGUGACAGAAGAGGUGGAGAACGGGGGCCUGGAGGAAGUAGCACAAGGAGGAGACGACGAGGACAAUGAGGAGGCAGAAGAAGAGGAGGAGGAGGAGGAGGAGGAAAUGGAGAUGGAUGAAGAAGUGGAUGAUGACGAAGAAGGCAUGAGUGAAGGCGAUGGCGACAGUGGUGAUUCUCAGCCCUUGAGAAAGAAACUAUGGACGUUUAUGACGACGUAGUUUGGGUUGUAUGUAUAUCCUUAUAGAAUGGAAUUUGAUUUAGUCA